UAGAAAGCCAAAGCCACCUGAAGAAAUCCAUCGAUUGGAAAAAACCAAAAAGAAACAGAGUCGUGUCCCCCUCGCCGGAAAUCGAAUCUCCGGCCGCCACUGUUUCCUCUUUCUGAUCGAAUCGCUCUUCUUAUUCUGGCAAUCCAUCGCCGGAAAUACCAAGCGAUCAUCAUCGAAAAUUAGCUGAGAACCAAAAAUUAGAAGGCAUGGUGGGAUUUUUCGCGAUUCCGCUGGAAAUUUCAGCUAGGUUACUGUGGACUACCAGCUUCUUCCGCCAUAAGCGAUCUUGAUCUUAUUUUUUCGUUUACCUAAUUUCUUUUUCCUUCUCGAGAUUACUGUUCUUGUUUUAGGUUAGUACUAAAUCUUCGCCUUGCAUAAAUUUGAAAUUCCUUACAAAUAACCUCUGAGGCGCUGGGAUUGAAGAAAGGAGUAGGAGAUUUUAAUGGAAUCUGGUCGGUUCUUGUUUAAUCCGCCACCUUACGGCGGGAACAUGCUUUACCUUGGCGGAGCCGGCGGCGAUCCUUGUCUGCGAGGAGGAAGAACAAUGAUGAGCAUGACCAUGAAUGAAAGUCCAAAAGGGAGGCCAUUUUUUAGAUCCCCCGAUGAUCUUUACGAUGAUGAAUAUUAUGAUGAGUUUUACCCUGAGAAGAAGCGACGUCUCACCCACGACCAGGUUCAAAUGCUGGAGAAGAACUUUGAGGAAGAGAACAAACUGGAGCCAGAGAGGAAAUCCCAACUGGCCAAGAAGCUAGGGCUGCAACCGAGGCAGGUGGCUGUGUGGUUCCAGAAUCGUCGUGCUCGGUGGAAGACAAAGCAACUUGAAAGGGACUACGAUGUUCUUAAAGCUUCUUAUGAUUUGCUUGUGUCCAACUAUGACUCAAUAGUCAAAGAGAAUGCAGUUCUUAAAUCCGAGGUGGCCUCGUUAACUGAGAAAUGUCUAGCUAAAGAGCUAGGUGGAGGAGAAGCAACAAUUCCAUCUAUAACAUCAACAUCAGAGCUUCUUCUGGCAGACAUCACUAAUAUCUCCGUCCCACACUCCGGCAGAAAGGCUGAAGAUCGUCUUAGUUCAGGGAGUGAUAGCAGUGCAGUGAUCGACGAUAAUUGUCCACAGCUCAUCGACAGUGGUGAUUCGUACUUCCCCAACAUCGAGUAUCCGCAAUGUUCAAAUCUGCCUAACGGGUUGCAUAUGGAAGACGACGAUACAAACGACAAUUGCAACUAUUUGUUCUCGGAUAUGUUUGCAGCAACAAACCAACAGAAUCAAGAGGGGAGGCCUCCAGCUUUGUGGGCGUGGCCUUAGGAGGGUGGUUGUUAUUCAACUUGUAACACCCUGUUGCUUAUACAAAAUGUUAUUAAAGUUUUUUACUUGUUUGUAUUCAAUAAAGUUUAGAUAUUAUGGUGUCAUUAUUUGAAGUAUAUUGUAAUGUACUUGACAGUUUGAAGCCUGUGUUCACAGUUAACCACUACAGAAGUGGAAAGAAGUUCGUUCACUCCAAUAUACCUAAAGCCUUAUAUCACUCA